AUGGCAAACACCGCCAAGGUCGUGGCAAUCUUUGGCGUUCUUGUGUUCCUGCAGGCCGUAUCAUGUGCCGUCGUCCGGCACCAUGCUGAUCUAGGGAGUUCUCUCGCCAGCGUCCAGGCAGGAACGAUGACGGUGGACGGGUAUGAAGAAGGAGAGGAAGGCGGCGGGCCGGCAGCGUGUGAUGGCAUAUACUACAGCGACGGGGAUUUGCUGACAACAUUGCCUACAGAGCUGUACGCGGGCGGGAGCAUGUGUAACAGGAUUAUAGCCAUCGCCAGCACGCAAACCGGGCAUAGCGCAUUGGCCUUGGUCGUGGACGUGUGCGAUGACUGCGGCGAUGAUGAGUUGGGGACGUCAGCCGCCGUGUGGAAUGCCCUGGGGCUCGACACCAAUGCCGGCGUUGCACCCAUCAGGUGGUUUGUCCUAUGA